AUGAGUGUGGGACUCAAUAUUCUUUGCCAUAAGCUUCAGGCUGCGCUGGACAACCGCCGCGAAGAGGGUCGACUUAUUGACCCUCCUUCUGCGGCUACUCUGGCCAAAAUGAAAGACUUUGGCUCUAACGACAGCCUCUCUCUGUCAUCCUCCGGGGUUCUAUCGAAGGCAUUUUUGCGCGAGCUUCGGAAACACCCCAACUUCACUGUCGGAAGUACCUCUUCACGAAUUUUAGAUGGUACCAAACAGUAUCUAGAGAACAUUGAGCGUGACUUGGCUCAGUUUCACGGUGCUGAGUCGGCCAUGUUCUUUAGCUCGGGGUAUGAUGCUAAUGUAGCCGUUUGGUCUGUGAUCCCGCAGCCUGGUGACUUUGUCGUUUAUGACGAGCUCGUGCACGCAAGCAUUCAUGACGGAAUGAGAAGGGGACGAGCCACGACUGUCCCAUUUAAACACAGUGAUUGUGAAUCUCUUCGAGACUGCCUGGAGGGCAUCAAAGCUGGGCACCCUGCCGUUUCUGAAGGGAAACAGGUAGUCUUCAUAUCACUGGAAUCUUUCUACAGCCUGGAUGGCGACAUGGCUCCAGUUCUUGAGAUAGUGGAUGUUGUCCGUGAGACACUUCCGCGGGGAAAUUAUGUGCUUGCAAUCGAUGAGGCCCACUCCAAUGGAAUUGUCGGACCAAAUGGCUCGGGGUUCAUCUGUCAUUAUAAACUGGAGGAUGUCUUUGGAAUACGACUUCAGACUUGCGGAAAAGGACUAGGCUCGGCAGGAGGUAAGAAUCAUCCUUUCGUGCUUCCUGGCUAUGGAGUCUAA